AUGUCGUCUUUUGUUUCUCUUGACCUUUUAAAUGAUGGUGUCUCGGAUUUAAACAGGAAGAUCAAUGAUACAUUACAGAACCUCGUCAACAACGUGGAAUCUCCCGAAUCUGCGGCAGGGAUAAUCCAUGGGGUCAUUGUUGACGACUGUCGCGAUGCUCAUGCCGCCUAUCUUGCGCUACCCAACCCGACAUUAGAACAGAUAACAUCUGGUGCCGUCCGUACCCCUAACCCCAGGGGAUGGAUGGAAUACCUAUGGGAUUGCGUGGGAAGAGCUGCCAUGAAAGUUCCCGCCGACCAUGGUGGCCAAGAAAGGCUUAUAGGUCUCCUCCAGGAACUCCAGAAAUUGCCCAAGGACCCUGUCCCGGAGUUUAGCGACGGGCAGAUGCGGGAGAAAGUGCUCUGGAAUAUUACGAAAGACACCGGAUAUGAGGGUUUCCCCCAAUGGCUUUGCGACCUUGACCAAGGAAAUUUCAGCGGCCCACGUCAAUUAGAGGAGGACCCUAACGCUGCUACCGCCUACGUCAACUUCUCUGCCUUUCUAGCACGCCUGCUGGCAUCUGGCAUAGCGGACACUAACACGUUGAGCGCGCUGCGACGACCAUCGCCGUUCGCGACAAGCCACCAGGACCGCAUCUUGCUGGACUUGUCCCUGCACGAACCUUACGCCGCAGCAGCUGCCCAGUGGAUCAUCUACGCCGGCGACACGCUUUUCGAGCUAUCCGAGAAGCGCGUACUCGUCGAGGUCGGCGGCUUGAGGUAUAGCCGUGCGUUGUGGCAGGCGUGGGGCGUCAAGUUCAAAGCUCUCGCGGAGAGCGACCAGGCCAGCGCCGAGGUUCGAGAGUUCUCGAGACAAGCGCUGGAUAAGAUGGACCAGUGCAAGAAGGACGGUAUUAACCCUACGAAGAGCGUGAUUGAGAAGUUUGGUUACCUACAUCCAGAAAACUGAUUUACGGGGACUGCAUUACCGGCGUAUUUUGACUACCAACCCAAAUCUGUUUCUUAUUACUUUAGAAUUAAUCAGUUAUAAUAGAGCUUGGCGCUUAUUAUUCUUCAUUCUAUAUAAUCUACCCUGUGACGGGGGUGAAAUCUAGUCUAUAUCUCAUAUUAAUAUCAAGUCAUUUAUAUAAGUCUUCUUCCCUAGUUCCUUCACCUUGAAAAAUAAAAUAAAAUAUCGUAUGGUAUCGCCAGAAUUCGCAUGUGUUGGUUAGUUAGUAGGCGCAUUACGGUACUAGCAGAUUAUCACUUCCUCCACCUUGUCAGACUGGGGGAGAUGAUAAUUACCCCUUUUGCCCCUAUUCUGCCCCACUUUUCGCGCGUUCCCCCAUGAAGAAAAAAAAUUAUGAAGCCACUUUGGGGAUUAAUAGAACUUUCAAAAAUCAGUAUCUCCUCGCUGGGCUCUCGUAAAGGAGUGUGUGUGACUAGGCCGAUUUGGUACAGUCCUUACUCGCCCCUCCUGCUGGAUCUCUUGAAUUGUCGCUUCAACGCACCGGCAAGCUUUCCUAGACCGCCGAACACAUAACCAAACCCGAAGCUCCAAUUGCGAAUGCGUACUGUGUAGAUGAAGAAGUAC